GAAUAAGAAGAAUCCUAAAAGAAGCAACCAAACAAAUUAGCGGAACGUUGAAUUGAACAAGAAGAGAGAAGAAUGAUGAUGAAUGUUUUAGGGUUGAGUCUGGUGUUAACUUCACUGGCAGCAGCAGGAAUAUUCUCUCCCAAUCCCAGAACAGAGAAGCAUGGAGCCAGCACCAUUGUCAAAGAAGGGCAUCGAGUUGUGGUGGUUGAAUACGACCAAGGUGGCCAUCAGAAAACCAAAAUCUCAAUAUCCCCAGAGCAACCCACGCAUCACCAUGAUCAUGAUGAUGAUUUGAUCAAAGAAGCUGCCUCGGUUCUCCCUAACUUAUGCCAAGGCAUUUCUUCAUCUUCACAAUAUUCACACCAACCGCAGAAUCACAUGGAUCAUGGGCCUUUAAAUCUGCAUGCUCCUAAUCCUAAAGAGCUCAUUUGCGACGCCUAUGGAAAAUGCAAACACAAAAUCUCCGACGCCAUGGAGAAGGCUCAAGAGGCCAUCCAUAAGAAGAAGGACAAGAUUUGUAAAACUAAAGAGACUGUGUAUGAUAAAGCCCAUGACGUCCAUGAAUACGCCCAAGACACUGUAGAAGCAGCAAAGGAGGAUAUGGCCAGUAACGUUUCAAACGCCAAAGAUGCAUUGAAGCUUCUAAUAGGAGGAUCUAUGGAGAGCCUGAAUUCUUUGAUGGGGGUGGCUAAUCUGCUGGGGUUUGCCACGGCUUAUGGGAUAUGUGUGUGGGUUACGUUCAUCUCCAGCUAUGUGCAGUCCAGGACUAUGCCAAGGCAACAAUUUGCAGUGGUGCAGAGUAAAAUAUACCCUGUUUAUUUCAGGGCCAUGGCUUAUAGCAUUGCACUGGCUUUCUUAGCCCAUUUCUUAGCCCAUAGAAACUCCAACUCUGACAUGUUGCAAUCAUAUAAUCUUCUGGCCUCCCUUGCCACACUUUUCCUCAAUUAUCUUUACUUGGAGCCUCGGGCCACCAAGUUGAUGUUGGAGAGGAUAAAGAUAGAAAAAGAGGAAGGAAGAGGCAGAUCACAAGACAUGAUGAGUAGUAGAACAGUAGAUCCUAAAGAGCCAGCAGAUCAGGAGGAUGCACUCAGAUCAAGGAUAAUCAAGCUCAAUGACAAGCUCAAGAAAUUCAAUUCCUAUUCCUCAUUCCUCAAUAUCCUCAAUCUCAUGUCUCUUACUUGGCAUCUCGUUUAUUUGGCUCAACGACUUCACCAUAUUUGCUAAACCAAAUACUCUACCAAAGCCUUUUCUUUCUAGUAAUCACUUGUUUUCUGUCUUUCUUUUCUGUUUUUAUCAUGUCAUGUGUUUGAUAUUUUUGCAAAUACUUUUUCAAUCUCUAGAUUGUCUCUUUCAGCUUUCAGCAGCGCAUAUAGAUGGUUUUGUUUUUCAUUAGUGUUUGCCACUCCUUGUAAUCAAGUAUAUAUUUAAUUUGUGUUAGUGUAAAA